AUGUUUAUGAAUUAUGAGUUAAAUGGUAAGCUAGAAACGACGCCGUUAGAGUUUAUUCGGCUAAUGGAGUUCUCUUCCUCUAAGCGUCCGGCGACGGUACCGGCGGCAGCAACAGAGUCUGUACAGUUCCGCCUUUUAUGUCCGGCCUCAAGGACUGGUGCAAUAAUCGGAAAAGGCGGCUCUGUAAUUCGCCACCUCCAGUCUGUAACCGGUUCCAAAAUCCGCGUCAUCGAUGACAUUCCCGUUCCUUCAGAAGAGCGUGUAGUGUUGAUCAUCGCCCCGAGUGUAAAGAAGAAGGACGAUUCGAAUGUGUGUGAUCCGGAGAAACCGAGCUCCGAGGAGACUAAGCAAGAGAAAGGUAGCGAGUGCGCGGGGACGAGUGGUGGAGAUGACGAGGAAGCGCCGUCGUCGGCGCAGAUGGCUUUGCUUAGGGUUUUAGAGAGAAUAGUGUUUGGUGACGAUGCUGCUUCUGCUGACGGUGUUGAAUUGGAUAAAGGUGAGAGUGACGGAUUGUGUAGGAUGAUCGUUAGAGGCAAUCAAGUUGAUUUCUUGAUGAGUACAGGUGGGAAGAUGAUUCAGAAGGUUGAAGAAGAUAGUGGAGCUACUGUUAGGAUUUCAUCUACUGAUCAGAUUCCUCCUUGUGCUUUCCCUGGAGAUGUUGUGAUUCAGAUAACUGGAAAGUUCUCGAAUGUGAAGAAGGGGCUUUUGUUGAUUACAAACUGUCUUCAAGAGAGUGGUGCACCUCCAACUUGGGACGAGAGUCCGUUUCCCCAGCUUGGUUAUCCACCUGAGUAUCAUUCUAUGGACUAUCAUCCUCAAUGGGAUCAUCCUCCUAAUCCAAUGCCUGAAGACGUUGGACCUUUUAAUAGACCGGUUGUUGAAGAGGAGGUUGCUUUUAGGCUGUUAUGCCCAGCUGAUAAAGUUGGAAGCUUGAUAGGGAAAGGUGGAGCUGUGGUUCGAGGUUUGCAAAACGAAACUGGUGCAUCCAUCAAGGUAUCGGAUCCGACUCAUGAUUCAGAGGAGCGAAUUAUUGUGAUAUCGGCAAGAGAGAACUUGGAGAGAAGGCACUCUCUUGCUCAGGAUGGUGUGAUGCGUGUGCAUAAUAGAAUCGUUGAGAUUGGAUUUGAGCCUAGUGCUGCGGUUGUUGCCCGGCUUCUAGUACAUUCUCCAUAUAUCGGACGUCUAUUGGGUAAAGGGGGUCAUGUAAUAAGUGAAAUGAGGAGAGCAACUGGUGCCAGCAUCCGCGUCUUUGCAAAAGAUCAAGCUACAAAGUAUGAAUCUCAGCAUGAUGAGAUUGUACAGGUCAUUGGCAAUUUAAAGACUGUUCAAGAUGCUUUGUUCCAAAUAACAAGUAGGCUUCGGGAAGCAAUGUUUCCUGGUAGACUUCCUUUUCAAGGCAUGGGUGGUCCACCUCCGCCGUUCAUGGGUCCGUAUCCAGAACCGCCUCCUCCAUUUGGACCGAGACAGUAUCCAGCAUCUCCAGAUCGUUACCAUUCUCCAGUAGGAUCAUUCCAUGAAAGACAUUGUCAUGGUCCUGGAUUUGACAGGCCACCGUCCCCAAUGUCUUGGACCCCGCAGCCGGUUAUCGAUGGCCAUCCCGGUGGUAUGGUUCCUCCAGAUGCGAACCACGGGUUUGCUUUGAGAAAUGAGCCCAUUGGCAGUGAAAAUCCAGCAAUGACAAGCGCAAAUGUGGAGAUUGUGAUUCCGCAAGCAUACUUAGGUCAUGUUUAUGGUGAGAACUGCAGUAACCUGAAUUACAUUAAGCAGGUAUCAGGAGCGAAUGUGGUUGUGCAUGAUCCAAAAGCAGGGGCAACAGAAGGACUGAUUGUUGUCUCUGGUUCAUCAGAUCAAGCUCACUUUGCUCAGAGCCUUCUUCAUGCUUUUAUUCUCUGUGGUCAAUCUUGAUUGUUCUCAUUUGCAAUGUGUUCAAAAUCUUAAAAUGAUAGUCAAGUGACUUGUGAGAAGUUUCUUCUAGAAAUCUAACAAUAUAGGAAACUGUAAAGUACUUUGUUGUGGCAAAAACUGUCCAUCUGUUCUUUAUCUGUUAUCGAAACUGAUACAA